AUGAUUCCACGAGUUUGUAACGUGUUAAAUGCUUUAAAAAAUUUUGAAAAACAUGUCUUACAAAUGUUUAAAUAUCCGCCCAGAGAAUUUGCUUUAGCUUAUGAUUAUGAUAAACCCGUUCAGAAAACAACUAAGAAAUUUUCGUUGAAUGACUUGAUCGGAGAUGGAUUUUUGUUGGCUGUACCGAAAUUUAGAAGAACAGUUGAGAAGAGGUGGAAAAGGAAGUUUGGAAGUCCAGAAUAUAUAUGGAAGAUGCUUGUGCCUAAAACAAAUAUCAUAGUCUGUAAUAAAUGUGGACAUUACCAUGAGAAUGGACGUCUUUGUGGUAACUGUUAUAAGAUAGUAGAAGAGGAAACAAAGGAAAUACAAGCAAAAAUUCAAGAAAAACUGGGAACAAACAAACCUAUUGAAAAUGAUGUCAUUGUUUUAUAUGACGGGGACCAACUGCCUGAAAAGCCUCAAGAAUUUUGGCAAGGAAAAAGAGUAAUUGAAAUGAAAAAGGAGCGGCCUAAGUGGUUUAGCAAAAAUCUUUUACAGAAGACCACACAGGCACCAUCAGAUUCUAAAGAUGUCAAGCCAACAGAUUUAGCAUAG